AUGUCCUAUCUCGCGGCGUCUACCCAUUUAAACAACUGGGUAUUUUCAAUCGAGGAUCUACAGCGUGUCCGGCGGCUGCAGCAUGUGAAGACCAAGCGUGCGCUACGUUUAGAGCGUGAGGAGGCUCAGAAGCCAGAAACAACGGCUGAUCGUUGCCGGAAAGCCCGGUCAUUCGCGGCUUUAGUGCCGAGCUCGUCGUCUGCGGUGCGUGACGUAUUCGACUGGAACGAUGAAAUAGAUGGCAACCUUUCUAAACUCGAGGAAGAGGAAGAAAAGGCAAAUUUACAGCUAACACCUUUGCUGGAGUUCCUAGACCCAGGCCAGGAAGCGGUUUUGCGACAGUUCUAUGAGGAAAAGCUGCAGGAGAGCUGUAGUGCUCAAUUUUUGCGCACGUCGGACAAGGUCAAGUGCUGCGCUAUGUUGCUAUUCAAAAGAUUUUAUCUGAGCAAUAGUGUCAUGGAAUUUCACCCCAAAUAUCUCGUCCCGACGGCUAUUUAUGUGGCUGGUAAGGUCGAAGAGCAGUACAUGUCCGUUGAUACUAUCGCUGACCAGCUUCAUGUCAAUCACAAGUUUAUUAUUGGCCAUGAAAUGAUAUUACUAGAAGGUGUGCGCUUUCAACUUAUCAUGUAUCACCCAUUUCGAGCGCUCCUCGGCUUUUUGGAUGAUUUUCGUGCCUUUGCUAAGCAGGCGCUUAAGAAAGAUCUACCCGCGACGGUCUUGCAGAAGCUGCACGCUAAUUCAAGCGCGAUGAUUAAUGACAUUCUGCUCACGGAUUUACCUAUCUUAUACUAUCCGUCGUUUCUGGCUCUUGCAGCGUUGUGGGAUGUGACCGACGAAGUUGCUGCUAGUAGCGGCGAUAAGGCUUGUGGACUCACGAGCGCCGAUUUAGUGGAUUACAUCAAACGCAGUAAAUUUUCUAAGGAACAGCCUGUCGACGAAUUGCUUAGUCGUUUGAUGCAGAUUAUCGAGGCAUUUCGAGCGAUCAAGAUAGCAAAGGAAAUAGGCAGCGAGGAGGGGACAAAGCAGCGCGCUAAGCACAUCAAGCAAACUUACAAGAAGUUGAAGCAGUUUCACAACGGCGACGAUAAAAAAGAGAAACAGAAGGACAAAAGAGACAAGAAGCGCGCGGGUGGAUUUAAGGAUGGUAAGAAAAAGGUUAAGAAACAUAAGAAAGAUAAAUCUGAAUAA